AUGACCAGCUAUACGUCUUCUACAAUUGACGAUCAGCAAGAACGGCACUAUAUUGGGAAUCUUUUAUACGACGACGAUCCGUUUAGUCCGCCUACUAAACAGUCAAAUACUUCUCAGCAGCUACCAGUAGGCAGUGUUCUGCCAGGUGGCGGACCUAUAGGUCCAUCACCAAAUCCUACAUUUUGGCCUGAACCACCUCCGCCAUACAGCCCGUAUUCGUUAAGACCGCCGCAAUGGUGUCCGGUAAACCGCCAACCUCCUGAUUUGUAUAAUAACCAACUGCACAACUCGUGCAAUCAAAUUCCUGGUUUUUAUCAGCCAGUUUCAUACGACAGGAUUCAGGAGCCGCCUCGGGAAUGGAGCGAGUUUGGCAGUAGUUCUUUGGAUGGGUACUCUUUAUUGCGUCCUAAUGUAUCUUACGGCUCCCAUGCUGCAUUUACGCACCAUUAUGGAGGUCGUUAUGUAACACCAGAUUCUUUUCAACCGAGAAAUACUUGUUUUGGAGGGCCCUAUCCUUCUUUUAAUCCAACUGAUGGGCUUAAAGUAGAUCCUUCUGCUCAGUUAACUUCUGGCGAGUAUUUCAGGAAAGAAAAUGUCAUCAUACACCCAAAAAGUCCCGAAGUAGUACCGUCUGUGCCACCAUCCUUAAUUGAUCCAACUGCAUGUUUUCCGUUAGGUGGUAAAAGCUAUAGGGAUGCUGCAUCUGAAAAAAAGCGGACUGGUUCAGCGGCAUAUGUAACACCUUCGUUUUCAACACCUUUAGGGUCAUAUGAACUUAAGAAGUGCCGUCGUGGUGGUCAAGAAUUGUCAUCUAGAACGGCUAAGUCGGCAACAGUUGCUGUUAAUAAACCAGCAUCGGAAAUUUCGAAAAAGACUGUGUUUAUUGCAGGAUCAACCGCACUCAGGAGUUCUAACGAGAAUGAGUUCCAAAAAAUAACAAGAAAGAAGACUAAAGGUUCUAAGAGUAAUAGAGAAUCAAACCUUGGUGGCGAAGAAGUGUUUGGAAAUUAUCAAACUGUCGAUGCUUCAAGUCGUUUCGAUGUUCUGCAGUCUCUGAGUAAUCAGGUAAAAAGCAACACCUCACGUACUUCUUCUGUCGUUUCUGUGGGUUUACACAAAAGCCACAAGUCAAAAACGAACACGACGGCAAAGGUUGUCAAUGAACAUUCGACUAAAAUUGGUAUGGAGUAUUCAAAAUAUUUCUUUGAUUUAUUCAUAUUGGUUCAUAAUUGAUU